AUGCAUCUUCAUUCUGCUUUUGUACUUCUACCUUCCAAACUUCAACACUCUUCGCUUGGAUCGCACGCGAUUCCUCUGAACUUCCUUCGGCCUGGACCGGGCUGCUAUUUACGUAUCGAUGGACGCCUCCUCGGCUUUGAUGUCCUUCAAGAGCUUUCAUCACAUCGAUCAAUACCUCCCAAAUACAUCAAGGGUGAAGCAGGCGGAGCGAGUGCACCUCGACCUCAACAGGUGGGGCACACCCGGGCCGCACAAGAGGAAUUCUGGACGCUCUUCAGAUGGUGCCUGCCCGUCAAGUUUGGGCCGCUUGGUGAUCAACUCGGCCAAGUUGGCUAUAUUCCUAGGUUAAUCCGUCGCGAUUCCAGUCAAGACUCACAUGUGCUCGAUCAUCCCAGGGCCAUGGUAUUCUUCGGUCGCGCCGGAAUGCACGCCAGCAAUGCUGGGAAGUGGCAGUGGAGGAGAUCCGUACCAGUCUAUCUCGCGCAGGGUCAAAUUACCCAGGAAGGUCUCGCCUCGGACGAGCGUACUUGUAGGGAGUGCCGACCGCCAUACGUUGAUAGUUCUGGUCUCUUCGCCCCGAAGAAUCUGCUCGCCCUUGGAGUCGUAGGCCAGCAGCAGAACAUGGUUUUCUCGCAUGUCCCAAAUCAACUCUUUCAUGUUCUCCGCGCAAAUCGAGUCACGCAAGCGGUAUGCUUCCGACCUUUCCUCAGCCUCCAGGUGCUCGUAAUAUCUGGAUGA